AUGCAUUUUAUUUUAAAUUUAUUUAUAACUGUAAUUCAUUGCAGACUUGAAUUGGUAAAUCGACGUUGGCGUGAAGUCUCGUUAAUGGCAUCACGCACUGAUAAUCGGCCAGUUUGGGUGUAUAUUAUAUUCCGAAAGAAUCACUGCAGCGGACAUGAAAAAAUGACUGUUAAUAUGAGUUUCGAUGGUCCUAUUUUUUGGAAUCGUCAAGUGGCUUACAUUUAUUGUUGUAGCUGUCACUUCCAAGAACAUGAGCGGCCUUUGUUAACAUUACUAAGGAAGUUGGAACACAGAGUAGAACGCGUGUGUAUUGUAGACACGCCUGUGGAUUAUGCCUUUUUACCUGACAGCUUCUUCUCUUAUUUGGCUAAAAAUAUGUCUCGACUUCAGUUUAUAUAUUUGCGUGAAAUUGAUCUCGAGAAAAUCAACCGCGGAACAGUGGUUGAAUUAGCUCAGCAUCCUCAGCUCAACAAGCUUAUAGUGCAUAAAUGUCGAAAUUAUGAAGCAUUUGAAGAUUUCCACAAUCUACCUCAAUUACUAGUGGUUAAAGGGGAUAUCGUCGGAUUGAAAGUGAAAGAAAGCAUAACAUCGUCUGCCUCACAAAUCACUGCCAUUGAGAAGAAUAUCUGA